UUUUUUUUUCUUUCGGUCGCAAGUAGGAAGCUUUUUGCACUCCACCACCUCUGGCCGCUGGGAAGACGUCAUCGCUUCCGCCCUACUUCCUCCUCCUGUUGGCGGCGGUGAGAAUCCAAUAUGGAGUAAAUCGGUGGAGUCGAGAGAUGGGGCUCGGACGGGGCGCCCUGCACCGCCUCCCAGGCGCACCUCCCCCGGCCGCCGACCGCUCCCCGGAACCGUGAUUGGCCAGGCCCCCGGGGGCGACCCCGGACCGAGCCCCCACCCGCGGCUGGCCCUCCUCUCCUCCUCCUCUCAGCAGUCCCCGCCGCUCCACGGCGCGCUUGUUUUUCUCCUCGUCUCCCCCACCGCCGUCCCCUGCCCAAAUCUCUCCCCCUCUGCUCGCUGCCGAGCCUCCGGAGCCCCUCCUGCCGAGCCCCGGGCGCUGCGGCGCUCACUCCUCCCGCAGCUUGCCUUUGCACCCCUUCCCUAAACCUCACCCCGCGCUCCUAUCGCCUGCUUCCCCUUCUGCCUUCUGCGGCGCCCCUUCAUCUCUCGCCGCUCCCCCUCCCCAACCAAAUCAGGCGAUCUCCGGAGAUGUGAAGAAGGGGGGUGAGCGGACAGGAAGAUGAAGGGAGCAAAGCUGCCCGCCGCGGGACAGGCGUCUAGGUGAACAGGAAAAUGACCGAAGAAACACACCCGGACGAUGACAGCUAUAUUGUGCGUGUCAAGGCCGUGGUUAUGACCAGAGAUGACUCCAGCGGGGGAUGGUUCCCACAGGAAGGAGGCGGGAUCAGUCGCGUGGGGGUCUGUAAGGUUAUGCACCCCGAAGGCAACGGACGCAGCGGCUUUCUCAUCCAUGGUGAACGGCAGAAAGACAAACUGGUGGUAUUGGAAUGCUUUGUAAGAAAGGACUUGGUCUACACCAAAGCCAACCCAACCUUUCAUCAUUGGAAGGUCGACAAUAGGAAAUUUGGACUUACUUUCCAAAGCCCUGCUGAUGCUCGAGCCUUUGACAGGGGAGUGAGGAAAGCAAUCGAAGACCUUAUAGAAGGCUCAACCACUUCAUCUUCCACCAUCCAUAAUGAAGCUGAGCUUGGCGAUGAUGAUGUUUUUACAACAGCUACAGACAGUUCUUCUAAUUCCUCCCAGAAGAGGGAACAACCUACUCGGACAAUCUCCUCUCCCACAUCCUGUGAGCACCGGAGGAUUUAUACCCUGGGCCACCUCCACGACUCAUACCCCACGGACCACUAUCACCUCGAACAGCCGAUGCCGAGGCCCUACCGCCAGGUGAGCUUCCCCGACGACGACGAGGAGAUCGUGCGCAUCAACCCGAGGGAGAAGAUCUGGCUGACGGGCUACGAGGACUACCGGCACGCGCCCGUGAGGGGCAAGUCCCCGGACACGUCGGAGGACGCCGACUCGUACGUGCGCUUCGCCAAGGGCGAGGUCCCCAAGCACGACUACAAUUACCCGUACGUGGACUCCGCGGACUUUGGCCUCGGCGAGGACCCCAAAGGGCGCGGGGGCGGCGUGAUCAAGACCCAGCCGUCCCGGGGCAAGUCCCGGCGGCGGAAGGAGGACGGCGAGCGCUCCCGCUGCGAGUACUGCAGGGACAUGUUCAACCACGAGGAGAACCGCAGGGGCCACUGUCAGGACGCGCCCGACUCCGUGAGAACUUGCAUCCGCCGCGUGAGCUGUAUGUGGUGUGCGGACAGCAUGCUCUAUCACUGUAUGUCGGACCCCGAGGGAGACUAUACAGACCCGUGCUCGUGCGAUACUAGCGACGAGAAGUUUUGCCUCCGGUGGAUGGCUCUUAUUGCCUUGUCUUUCCUGGCCCCCUGUAUGUGCUGUUACCUGCCCCUCCGGGCCUGCUACCACUGCGGAGUGAUGUGCAGGUGCUGCGGCGGGAAGCACAAAGCGGCCGUGUGACUCGGUUUCCCUCCUUCCCCUCCUCCUCCUCCUCCUCCCCCCACAGCCACAAGGGAACUUGUUGUCUCCGACAUACUCUCACCUUCUUCCCCGCUCCCUGGUACCUUGAGGAGCUAUUCCAGCCUGGGGAGCCUGCCUGGUGGACUCUGCACUUCCCCCAGCCACCCACCCACUCUGCAUCAGACACACACGCACGCACACAGUGUUCGAAGGACAGGAACCUCCGCACAGACACUCGGGUAUUAUUAACAACCUGUAAUCAAUCUGUCUUAUACAUGUGUUGAUUUCAUGUCUUUCCUGCCCACCUCUUCCAGUGCAAAGGCGCCUGUAGUCGUAACUGGCGGUUUGGGGUGGGGUAUAUAGUUGGUUUCUCCCAGACGCUCUUUCUCUUGGUUCAGCUUGCUGGUCGCUAAGGAGCAUCGGGUUCCUGCGGAUAGGUAAUGUCAGAACGAUGAAACCCCACCAGAAGUAUUUUAACCUGCAGUCAGAUUAUGUAUAGUUAACAAACUUCUAGUUAACAAACUUCUACCCCGAAACGAGAUCGCUUUAACUUUUGUAAAGCCAAAUUUCCCAAUGAAGCUGCAGUUUCUAUCAUCAUUCUCUGUCAAUUAUUUACUGAUGCAAAACAUUCACCCAUAAAAUGACUGAGAAUUGAGCCUUAACCUCAGAUUAACUUGUGUGAAUCAGGAAAAUUCCUUAAACCGCAUUGCAUCCUCAUGGACCAGGGCUAGAGAAGGGGGAUUUCAGGUCCCUCUGAGCCUCCACAUAACCCCUAAAGUAGAACUUUUUUAAAAUUGUGUCACCACCACUUCUAAAAAUUUAGCAAUAUUAGAAGAAAACACUAAGAAAUUGUGCUCAUUGUUUUGCAAACGAAAUAGUCUAGUCGCACACACACACACACACCCGUGUUCUCCAAAGAGUUACAGUUGAGAAACACUGAGGUUGUGGUAAAUAAAAUUAAAGGAGCUUCCUCCCACACCCCCACUGGCUAUUUUCUGGGGGGAGGCGGGGGGUUGCAUUUUAAAUGUCCUAAAUCUGAAGAGUGGUGGGUUGCAUUUUAUUUGUGGGUUUCUGUUUUUGUUUUCAUUCUGGACUGAAUUUCCCAUCACCAAAUUCUUCAUUUAUACUUGGGGGGAAAAAAAACAAGGCCAUAUGUAAAAACCCUUCCAAUGCCUAAGUGUCUUUCUCCUGCAUCUCCAAUCCCAGACUUACCAGUUCGGGUGCACAGAUGGUUAGGUUAGUAGUCUGGGUCUACCUGUCGCCUUGCCAUGUAGGAGGCUUCUACUUAGCUGGAAAAGAGUAUUUUUCUAAUAUAUUGCAAGGAGUAGCCAAAUCUUCUUGUUGCAGAAAGAAGAAAAGUGAAGAGUGGUACUUAGCAUAGUACAAUCAGAACGUCACGGAGACCGUAGGGGACAGGCUUGUCAAGGCUGGCUGUUCUUCCCGCCAUGAUUUCCCUGUGGUAAUUGCCAGCUCAGGGCAUGGCCUGCUCUCUGUAUCUCCACUUCCCCCAUCCCUUCUCUAUUGCACACAGGACAGCAGUCUUCAAGGAAAGGGACUUUUUUCCAGUCUGCCAAUCAUAUUGAGAAAGUGCUAGCCAUGCUUACCUUCAUGGAAUGUUUUCAGUUCAUCUGAGCGCCCAUCACAUCUCUUUAGUCAGAUCAUCGGUGUAAAUACUCCGUGUGCUUAGGAGUUAGUUGGUAGACGUUUUUCCUUUGUUGGAGUGACUGGUUUGGGCCUUCCUGCUUGGAAAAGGAGCAGAGUGCUGUCAGUCUGGUGAUGGAAGAAACGAGAACUGCUUCCCAGCCUGGAGAACAUGUAGAAGACCUCCAGCCAGCCUCCAGACCCUGUCAAGAGACCAGCUCCCACCCCACCAAGCCCCCCAUCCUGAGGCAUUUCCUCAGGGCCUUUUCUCAAGGUCUCUCCUCUCUACAAAGCACAACACUAAUGUAGGUUUGUUAGACCUCAGUUCAAGUGCCCCUAUUUAUUUCACUAGGAACACACAUCCUGCCGCGUUUUGUUUGUAGUCCCUGUCUAGUGGUUAUUUACCCCUUGUCUUUUUCCACCCCUUUGAAGAGUUAUGCUAGUGAAUCUUACUCCGCCUAUACGUUUUGGUCUGUGAAGGCAGCGAGCGGUUAAGGGCACAAGGACAGCCGUAGGGACACUGAUGUAAAUACGUCUCUAAUUGCCACACUGCAGCUGAACAGUGUGUAGUAUUUUCCCAGUCAGCUUUGCCAUACUGACGUCAAUCAUUUGAGAGAAAUUAUUCAGAUUUUAUUUUUGUAUCUGUGGUAACAAAACAUUAACCAAAAGAUUUGUUUGGAAGCUUCCUCUGACCACCCACCCCCCCAAGCUAUUUGCUCACAUUAACAAAGUGCCUGAAGCAUAAUUCAUUCUUUACCUGUAUACUAAAAACCCUGUUGUAUUGAUUUUUUUAUAAUAAGCCUUUUUACCUCUGUGUAAAAAAUAUAUAUACAAGUGUAUGAUGUACAUUUUAGUUCUUAACUUUUUUUUAUGGUUUCUAAUAUGUAUGACCAAUGUAGCCAUUGCUUUAAAAUGUACCAUGUAAAUAUAAACACAUCCUAUCAGAUUGUUGACUUUGG